GUGCACUGGUAAGUGAACUUCAGCCAAUAUGUCGAACCUGGCCCGGUGGAGUGCUCGUCUUCCUAGUGGCUCCUGGGAGUAGGACUGUUUUCUGUUCCCUUGGGGGAAAUUCUACUCACGAUUACUAGAAUCACGCCUUCCCUUGAGGGCCUGAAUGCUUUGAUAUUGUUCUUCCGCGUUCAUUUCCCCCCUCUCUAAUCUGCAUUCAUAAUGCCUCCGUUUUCCUAGUUCUUAGGGGUUUUUUUCCUUUAAUGGUUUUAGGUCUGAGGUUUCUCCAUUGCUUUUCCUACAGGGACUUUCACUGAACUUCAAAAUGGGGGUUGAAGGUGGCAUGAAAUGCGUCAGAUUCUUGGUUUUCUUCUUCAACUUUAUAUUCUGGCUCUGUGGCAUCGCACUCAUUGCCUUGGGGAUUUUUGUACAAAUAAAGCUGAAUGACACCAUAAAGAUAUCCAACUUGUCUGCUUCAGGAGCUCCCAUUGUUAUCCUGAUUGUGGGUGUUGUCGUCUUCUUCAUUGCUUUCUUUGGUUGCUGUGGAGCAUGGAAAGAGAACUACUGCAUGGUCACCACGUUUGCUGUCCUUCUGACUUUGAUCUUCCUGGUGGAGAUUGCUGCUGCCAUUGCUGGCUACAUCUUUAAGGGCCAGAUAAAAGAUGUGAUUGAAACACAGAUCAAGAAUGAUAUGCAAGGAUACUCUAACAAAACAUUCAAAAAGGAUUUGGAUGAUCUGCAGAAAGAAUUUAGUUGCUGUGGAGUGAACAACUACACUGACUGGUUUCAAGUAGCUUCCACCAACUAUACUGUGCCUUCAUCAUGCUGUAAGCCCAAUGCAACUGAUUGUACCAAGAACGCAACUUCUGAUAACGUCUUCCAAGAGGGUUGUGUGUCAAAAAUAGACAACUGGCUGAAGAAACACAUUGUAAUUGUUGCAGGAGUGGCACUGGGCAUUGCCUUCUUUGAGCUUCUUGGUAUCAUCUUUGCCUGCUGUCUCAUGAAAGGAAUCCGCAGUGGCUAUGAGGUCAUGUAGCUGCUCCUCCGUGCCGUGCAUCUGGUUACUACCACAGCAAUUGCACAAAAUGCUGAAAUAUUUCUGUCUCCUUUCUGGGGUGCAAAUGGCCGGUUCCAAUGUAUUUGAGGCUUUAUCAUGGGAAAGGAGCCAGAGGGUGCCUUCUCUUAUUGGCUUUUUGAAAUUGUAUAUGGCUAUCUGGAAAGAUUUCCUUAUGACCUUAUCUCUCGUUUAUCCUCUAACAGGAAGUUGGAGCCCCUAUAAUACCUUCCACUCCCCUUCAAAGUUACCUUUUUUCUGCACCUUAACUCCCCCACACUGCUGGUCAUCUGCUAUGUUCUCAUGGGCCAUUAGACUUUUGCCACCUAGUGGACAUAUUGUGCCAUGCAGCUGCUGCAGGAUUCCCAGCAGACGUUCCUAGUGUUCUUAUUAGGUGUCAGCAAGCCGUCUCCAGUUGCUGCUUUCCCCAGAUUUACACUUUUUUAGACUUCUUUUGCUUGUUCUCUUGACAUGCCUCCUAAUAAACAGAUUGUCUUGUUCUUUUUUGGAUGCUCCCCUUCUGCCUUAGAAAGGCAGGCUCUUCAUUCAGGCAGAUACUGUUGUUUUGGGAAACCACAAGGAGAUGAAGGAGGAAAUUAAUUACGGGGUUUGUUCUUAGCUGGUGUCAUUAUUUUGGAAAAUAAAGGCAUUUGUUUCCCCAAAA